UUUUUCAGUAUCUGUUCAAGCUGUGCACAAAAAAUUUGCAAAUAAAUAAAAAAAUGGUAAGGAUGAAAGAAUUGAAUAAAUGGAACGGGAGAUGAUUGAAAAAUCAACAUUAAGGAACAAUUCUUCUUCCAUUUUUUAUGGCAAAAAAGGCGUCAAACUCUUCAUAAAGGUUUUUUUUCUUCUUCUUUUUGAGAAUCUCUUCCUUUCCUAAAAACAAAAAAAUAUUCGGUUAGAUUUUUGGCUUUUAUUUUUUAAUUUUUUAAAAGUGCAUCUAUAUAAUAUUCCCCUUUUAAAAAAUUCUUUGGAUAUUUUGCACUUGUUUAUUUUCUAAAUUAUUUUGUUCUUUAUAUAUGUAUAAUUUUACUCUGCCCAAAAUAUAUUUAAAAUUUGUGUCGGUAUCCAAAAAAUCUAAUUUUUUUUUAAAGAUCAGAUUUUUUAGAGUUUCAAAAGGUUUGGGUCUUCAAAAAAAAAUUUUUUUUCAUCGAAAAAAUAUUUGAACAUCCAAAACCUAAAAAUUAGUUUUUUUGGGUCUUUAAAUGGAUUUUCUAAAUUAUUUUUCGGUUAGAUUUUUGGCUUUUUUAAUCAAAGGGUUGCAGCAUUUCUCAAAAAAAAUUUUUGUGAAAAAUUUUUUGGAACCUAUGCUAGUUGGUCUGUGGGACCCUCCUUUUUUUAGUUUAUAUAAUUUUCUGAGUCACAUUUUUAAAAAAUUCAAAAAACCUAAAAAAUUAAAUUUAAAUACCGACACAUAUUUUUAA